UGGUGUCAAGGAAUUCACUUUGGAGGAUGCUCGUGGUCCAGAAAAGUACUUGCCUAAUUCUUUAUUCUCUUGUAAGGACUUGACACAUUUGACACUCAUCAACUGUAAAUUUCUCCCUCUUCCUCCUAAGUUUCAAGGCUUUCCAUGUCUUAUUAGUCUUAGGUGGGAGACGCCUUCCUUCACUUCAGACAAUUGUAAAGAGAUCAGUGUGUUGGAAACUCUUAUUUCUAAAUGCCCACAGCUUCGGAGCUUUUGUUUAAGCGUCAGUAUCCGUGGACAGGAAAAGAAUCUGUGUAUUUGUGCUCCAAAACUUCAAGAAUUAUUUAUGGAGGGUUCACUUUCUCAUUUAUCCUUGGAGGGAACCACUGUUAUAAAAAAGCUAGCCUUAAAUCUUUUUUGUACGAAGUUCCAACAUAGCAAGCAUAUGAGUGACUUCUUCAGUACCUUGCCCAAAGUAGAGAAGCUCAUUCUAAAAGGCUUAAUUUGGGGGGCAAUGAAGUGGUCUGAAUUUAGAUCUCCCAGAAAAUUUCCAAAAGGACUCGACAGGUUGCGGACUCUCAAGUUUAUUGGGAUACCACUGCAUUGCCAUUUCAGUAUUUCUCUUCUUCUUUGCUUGCUCAUGAGCUCCCCGGCUCUAGAGCGACUAUACAUUGAAGCUUCAGAACGUGAAGAAGUAUCUCUUGAGCAGCCAAUUCAGAUUGAUGACACUUGCAUCCUUCCGUGCCUUCGAAAUAUACAGCUUGUUGGUAUCUCAGGGUUGCGCUGUCAGUUGCAACUUAUAAAGUUUCUACUUGCAUGCUCGUCUGCACUCGAGGAAAUGAGUAUUGAACUCAGUAUGGCAAUGGGAGGAGCUCAAGAAAAAAUUCACUUUGUCACAGAGUCACUUCAAUAUUGCCGAGCCUCACCAACUGCCAAGGUUAUUAUCAAGACAAAGAAAUUGUCCUCUGUUAGGUACACUUUUUCUCCCAUAUGGCUUGAAUGAGGAUAAUCCCUGUCCCUUGAAGUGAUGCGAAUCGACCUGUUCCAUCUUCCAAGUUAGUCUGCUGCUGAAACUAUAAUACAUCUCAGUACAAGAAGGUUUUAGACAUAAUAUUAUGGUUAGGAUUUUAUAGCUAUCUGAUAAUAGUUGCUAAUUUUUUGGACCAAAUAGCUACACAUUCCUCUUUAUAACAAUGUUGUAAUUGAUCAAGGCAGAUAUGGAUUCUAUGUUUUGUACCUUUUUUUGCUACCCCUUAGCGAAUCAUGGUGCUUUUGCUGUGUAAUGUAGUUUCCUCCAAUGCAAGGGGUAAUGGAGGCUUUGGCUCUGUAUUGUAACUAUGGUACUUAAGAAUGUAAUGUACAUUUGUUAUCUUCC